CUACCUUAGAAAUAACUAUUGAUCCAAAGUGUUUUCCAACUAGAUAUAGUACUAAUAUAUCUCCAAAACCAGAUAUUUGUGAUUAUUGUUACCAAAAUCUCGGAGCUAGUGAAGAAUAUUACAAAUGUAGAAUCUAUACUAAUGUUAAAUCCUUUGUGAAGAGGCUAGAAAAAGGACCAAAUAGUCUUACUACUAAGGAAGUAGAAGAAAUCGAUGCUAGUGAAACAAUAGCAGAAAAAAAUGAUACAGCUGAAGAAAUAGAAUUAGAUAAAAUUCAAAAUUUACACAUGACCUUUUUAAAUAAGAUUAAUCGCGUUAGUACUUGGUGA